AGCCUGUCAGCCUCGUUUUCGUAAAAUAGGACAACACCUAGUAAAAACCGCGACGGGAGAGAGGAGUGGGGAUUGGCGAAACCGCUCCACCCACAUAAUGGGCGAAUUGUAACAUUGUAGCACUGGAGUGUCACUAUUUUCACAACAAACAAAACGCAGCAGCAAUUCUACAACAAAUAUUUUACAAGAAUCAGUAGCUAUGUCGGCAACACUGUCGCGCGGCUCGCUCCAACCUGGCCAGCAAAAACUGGCCGAGAAAUUUACCAUUUUGAACGACAGGGGCAUCGGAAUGCUCACUCGCAUCUAUAAUAUCAAGAAGCAAGGACAAGUUUGGAAGGCUUGUGGUGACCCCAAAGCAAAACCAUCCUAUCUAAUAGACAAGAACCUGGAGUCCGCUGUCAAGUUCAUUGUCAGAAAAUUCCCAGCAGUUGAAACACGCAACAACAAUCAACAGCUUGCACAACUACAAAAAGAGAAGUCUGAAAUCCUUAAGAAUUUAGCGUUGUAUUACUUCACAUUCGUAGAUGUGAUGGAAUUUAAGGACCAUGUCUGUGAGCUACUGAACACUAUCGAUGCUUGCCAAGUCUUCUUUGAUAUUACUGUAAACUUUGACCUGACCAAGAACUACCUUGACUUAGUAGUGACCUACACUAACCUAAUGAUGCUAUUGUCUCGGAUUGAAGAGAGGAAAGCUAUCAUUGGCCUCUACAACUACGCCCAUGAAAUGACACAUGGAUCAAGUGAUCGAGAGUACCCGAGGCUGGGACAGAUGAUUGUUGACUACGAGAACCCGCUGAAAAAGAUGAUGGAGGAGUUUGUUCCCCAUGGGAAGUCGUUGUCAGACGCCCUGCUCUCCCUCCAGAUGGUGUACCCCAGGAGAAACCUGUCUGCUGACCAGUGGAGGAACGCACAGCUACUCAGUCUCAUCAGUGCACCCAGCACCAUGCUCAACCCAGCCCAGUCAGACACAAUGCCCUGUGAAUACUUGUCCCUGGACGCCAUGGAGAAGUGGAUAGUUUUUGGCUUCAUUUUAUGUCACGGGGUCCUGAACAGUGAUCAGGCAGCUCUGAGCCUGUGGAAGCUGGCUCUUCAGAGCAGCACCUGCCUCUGUCUCUUCAGAGACGAGGUGUUCCACAUCCAUAAGGCUGCUGAGGACCUGUUCAUCAACAUCCGCGGCUACAACAAGCGUGUGAAUGACAUCAAAGAGUGCAAAGAACAAGCUCUGUCACAUGCAGGUUUGAUGCACAGAGAAAGACGCAAGUUCCUGAGAUCUGCCCUGAAGGAGCUGGCCACAGUCCUAUCUGACCAGCCAGGGUUACUGGGGCCUAAGGCCCUGUUUGUGUUCAUGGCUCUGUCAUUCGCUCGGGAUGAGAUCAUUUGGCUGCUACGACAUGCAGACAACAUCCAGAAGAAGAGCACAGAUGACUUUAUUGACAAGCACAUUGCAGAGCUGAUCUUUUACAUGGAGGAACUGAGGGCCCACGUGAGGAAGUAUGGUCCUGUCAUGCAGAGAUACUACGUCCAGUACCUGUCUGGCUUUGACGCCGUGGUGCUCAACGAGCUAGUACAGAAUCUGUCCGUCUGUCCUGAGGAUGAGUCCAUCAUCAUGUCCUCCUUCGUCAAUACCAUGACGUCCCUCAGCGUCAAACAAGGUGUUACAGUGGAAGACGGGGACGUGUUUGAUUUCAGGGGCAUGAGGCUGGACUGGUUCAGAUUGCAGGCCUAUACCAGUGUGUCCAAGGCUUCUCUGGGCAUCGCAGACCACCGUGAGUUGGGCAAGAUGAUGAAUACCAUUAUAUUCCACACCAAGAUGGUGGAUUCCCUGGUGGAGAUGCUGGUGGAGACAUCUGACCUCUCCAUAUUCUGCUUUUACAGUCGUGCGUUUGAGAAGAUGUUCCAGCAGUGUUUGGAGCUGCCCUCCCAGUCUCGUCACUCCAUCUCCUUCCCUCUGCUCUGUACCCACUUCAUGAGCUGCACUCAUGAGCUCUGUCCUGAGGAGAGGCACCACAUAGGCGACCGAAGCCUGUCCCUGUGCAACAUGUUUCUGGAUGAAAUGGCUAAACAGGCCCGCAACCUCAUCACAGACAUCUGCACCGAGCAAUGCACGCUCAGCGACCAGCUGCUGCCAAAACAUUGUGCCAAAACCAUCAGUCAGGCGGUGAACAAGAAGUCAAAGAAGCAGAUGGGGAAGAAAGGCGAGCCUGAGAGAGAGAAGCCUGGAGUAGAGAGCAUGAGGAAAAACAGGCUGCUGGUCACCAACCUGGAUAAGCUUCACACGGCGUUGUCCGAGCUGUGUUUCUCCAUCAACUACGUACCCAACAUGGUGAUAUGGGAACACACUUUCACUCCUAGGGAGUACCUCACCUCACACCUGGAGAUACGCUUCACCAAGUCUAUCGUGGGGAUGACCAUGUAUAACCAAGCGACCCAGGAGAUAGCCAAACCGUCUGAGCUGCUGACCAGUGUCAGGGCUUACAUGACUGUGCUCCAGAGCAUAGAGAACUAUGUUCAGAUAGAUAUCACCAGGGUGUUCAACAACGUGCUGCUGCAGCAGACACAACAUCUGGACAGUCACGGAGAACCAACCAUCACUAGCCUCUACACCAACUGGUAUCUGGAGACUUUACUGCGCCAAGUUAGCAACGGACACAUAGCUUACUUCCCAGCCAUGAAGGCUUUUGUCAACCUACCUACGGAGAACGAGCUCACCUUCAAUGCAGAGGAAUACUCUGAUAUCUCAGAGAUGCGGUCCCUGUCGGAGCUGCUGGGGCCCUAUGGGAUGAAGUUCCUCAGUGAGAGCCUCAUGUGGCACAUCUCCUCCCAGGUGGCCGAGCUCAAGAAACUGGUGGUGGACAACGUUGAGAUUCUGACCCAGAUGAGGACCAGCUUUGACAAGCCUGAACACAUGGCUUCUCUGUUCAAGAAGCUCUCAUCAGUCGACAGUGUUCUGAAACGGAUGACCAUCAUCGGAGUCAUCCUCUCAUUCCGAUCCCUUGCUCAGGAGGCACUCCGAGAUGUGUUGUCCUGCCACAUCCCAUUCCUGGUGAGCUCAGUGGAGGAUUUCAAGGAUCACAUUCCAAGAGAGACCGACAUGAAGGUGGCCAUGAAUGUGUAUGAGCUGUCAUCUGCAGCAGGUCUGCCCUGUGAGAUAGAUCCUGCCUUAGUGGUGGCCCUCUCCUCUCAGAAGUCAGAGAACAUCAGUCCGGAGGAAGAGUACAAGAUAGCGUGCCUGCUGAUGGUCUUUGUGGCGGUCUCUAUGCCCACCUUGGCAAGCAACGUCAUGUCCCAGUAUAGCCCUGCUAUCCAAGGUCACUGCAACAACAUCCACUGUCUGGCUAAAGCUAUAAACCAGAUCGCUGCAGCUUUAUUCACCAUCCACAAGGGCAGCAUCGAGGACCGCCUCAAAGAGUUCCUCGCACUUGCCUCCUCCAGUUUGUUGAAGAUCGGCCAGGAGACUGACAAAACCACAACAAGGAACAGAGAAUCUGUCUACUUGCUCCUGGACAUGAUUGUGCAGGAGUCCCCGUUCUUGACCAUGGACCUUCUGGAGUCCUGCUUCCCCUAUGUGCUGCUCCGUAAUGCAUACCAUGCUGUCUACAAGCAGAGUGUGUCUUCCUCCGCCUGAGAGCCCUGAGAGGAGGAGAGGAAAGAAUGGGUUAGAGGAGAGAGAGAUUAGAAGAGGGAGAGAGCGAGUGAGAGACUCCUCACCUUGUCUGGAGUUCAGCAUGCAGAUAGUGAAGAGGAGACAAGGGCCGUAUGUAUCAAGCGUCUCAGAGUAGGAGUGCUGAUUUGGGAUAAGUGUUGCCUUUUUAGAUCAUAAUGAAUAACUUUAACUUGACAGGGGGGAGACCUGAUCCUAGAUCAGCACUUCUAUUCUGAGAAGCUUGAUAUAUGCAGGCAGCCCCAGAGCUCUUUACUGAGAAUAUAAAUAUAUGGCUUUGGACAACAUGAGUCUUAUAUGAUGAUAUGACCAUUGUGGGUGUGCUGUGUUUCAACUUACAGUCUUAAAGAAAACAAAAAAAUAGUAUUAUUGGUUUUGUGGGAUCAGGGUUUUUCUUUUCAUACAGUUUUAUGAAUUAAUCAUUUGUUUACUUAAUCUGAUGUAAGCUUUGUUGACAAUGAUCCGUGACAAUACACUACUACUUAAUUUAAUUUUUGAAUAUUGUCUUAAUUUUUAACCCAUUCAAUAUUUAGAAACUUAACACUAAAAAUGCUAUUAUCGGUGAAGGGGAAUGUGCAAAACUAAUUGCAGAUAUUUGGAAAAUGAUGAUACACAGUUAUAUUCAUCAUCAUUAUCUGUCGGUUAUUACAGUAUGUGUAUCUUUGUGAAUUUGUGUUAUUUACAUUUUUUGUGUUUCUUUGAGAUAUUUGCCAAACUGUUGAGAAAACAUAGCAUCUUAUAUUAUUUGGAGCUAACCUGAAAUGUUGGUAUUAAACUUAAAUAUUAUGAAAACUGAUGGUUGAUAUUUGUACAAAGCAUAGAAUAAUUUUUUAACUAAAUGCCUCAUUGGCAUAACUACUCCAUAGUACCUGUCUGUACGGUAUAUAAUAAACAUUCUUUCAUAUUUAUUGAAUGUUUAUACAUAGUUUUCCUUUUACCACUUUUAUAUGUUUUCAAUGUUUCAAUGAACCGUGUAUCCUCCAUAACGUGAUAAAUAAAUCUUAGGCUAUAUCCAC